GACAGAUUUAUUACUAAAUAAGGUGAUAUUCCCAAAGAUAUUUGUAUCCGUGUCAUAUUUGAGUCUUUACUGCUAAUUUUAAAGUUAAUUUUUACAGGAAUGGUGCGACGACGGGGUUGGGUAGUAUUAGUAGGGGACGCAGUCAGCGCAGUCGCGAUACGCGAGUUUCGGUUUUAAGGCCUCAUCAGCGCAAGCCUGCAAGUGUUCUAUACUUCUUCCACUGUGUUCUAUACUUCCUCCUUUGUGUUCUGUACUUCCUCUGCGCCUCACUGUUUCGUGUGCGAAAACGGAUGCAAUGGCAGUUGAUCCUUCAACAGAAGAGAUGACGAUAUUAUUGCAGAAAAAGUGUCCCAUCGUGAAAUCAUGGCACCUGGCACCGGUACUCAAGUGGGAGUGUUGGCACUGACGGCAACGUUUGUCGCUGGUACCGUCGGGGUGACCUACUGGUGGCUUAGGAACAGGUUCCUCAAGGUUGCCCAAGUCAAGAGCAUCGUGAUCUACCCAAUCAAAUCCAUCAUGGGUCUGGAGAUUCCGUAUGCAUACUGCAGUAUCGAAGGUCUUGUGUACGGUGCCAUUAAAGACAGGUCCAUGAUGCUGGCAGCGGGAGAGUGCGUCGUCUCCAUGCGAGAAGAGCCUUCUCUUGCCCUCAUUCAUCUGUCGCACGAGGGCGGCAAGUUGACGUUGACUGCAGACGCCAUGGAUCCGUUGAUCGUCGCCGCCGCCGCCGAUCCCGAUGCGCACACCAAGGCAUCCUUCACAGUGAAGGUGUGGAGCAACUACCACAAGGCGGUGGAAGUAUCGCCGCAGGCUUCGGCAUGGUUUAACCGGUACCUGAAGAGAGAGGACGUCCGUUUCCUACGGGUUCUGCGGGAUGACAGGAACAUUGCUUGUGGCGAGAACGGCUCCAUUCCGGUGGCUUUCCAAGACACCUCGGCCAUCCACAUGCUGUCGGUAGCGUCCCUGAAGGACUUCAAUUCAAAGCUGCCAGAAGGCAACGUCGAGUUCACGGAGCGCAACUUUCGCCCCAGUUUCCUCAUCGAGGGCUGUGAUGCCUAUGCCGAGGACCAUUGGAGCCGUGCCAGACUGGGAGAUGCGGAAAUAGCAUUUGUUAUGCGUUGUCCUAGGUGCAUUCUUACUACAGUUGACCCGAGCACUGGAACCAAGGCAGUGGAACCACUGAAAACACUCCGGACAUACCGGGUCGACAGGUCGGAGCUUGGGAAGGAAAAGUACAAGAUGUAUCCGUUGUUCGGGGUGUGCCAGUAUGUCACGAAGGACGGUAACGUCGGUGUGGGAGACGACAUAUACGCCGUUGCGUCCACGAGACCUCUUCUCUGAAACCUCAACGUUGUCAUCAAACCACUGCUGCUGUUUGUGCAACACGUUUUUGAAGAAAACAUAUUUUGGUUGACUACACACUCUGAAAUGAAUCCCAUGCAUCUUUAUGAUGUCUUUCUGUACUGCAGGCCAUAAUAAUCAAAGUGCCUUUUUUUUUUAAUCUGAGCGUCCCAUUUGCAAGCUCAUUUACCGUAAGCCAAGUUGCCAAUCUAAUUCAUGUGCCAACAAAUUUAGUUCAAGUCAUCAUAAGUUUUAUCCCAGUGCUGUUGAUCCGAAUCUAAGAGUUGCUCAAUUUAGUUUGUUGGUAUGGUGCGAGUAUACAAUGAUGGCGGCUAAUCUGUUAUAACUGUUUGAGACCUCUGAAGUGCUAAAAGUCAUAACAUGACAUUUUUGCUGUAUAUCCAUGGUUCAUAGAGUUCUUCCGUUGAAUUUUUACGGCAUUUUUAGACAAUUUUGCCAGUUUUCAAAUACGUAACUUUCAUUAAAAUCAUUUAGAGUGUUUCAGUUUAGCGGUAAUGGCUAUUACCAAUUUGAUUACUGAGAGAAUCGUGGGACUGUUACCGUCACUCUUAGGUUUUAGCUGAAUCUCUGGACAUUUCCCUGUUAAAUGAACAAACCGUAAAAACUUCCACAUCGGUCUCGAAGACGAUGAAGAAGGCAGGGGGAAAAAAAACGGGACACGAGCGAAUCGACUGACGAUUUUGCACGAGCAGCGGAGCAGCGGGACAGGCCGGCUCAAACCGUUUCGCCUGGCUUCGAUGUCCUUUUGCCUGUAAAUAUUGUAACUAAAGUUCGCUGUCGAUUUAAA